UAUCAUGUAGACUCGCCUUAUCUGCUUACAGCUUGUUUAUUUCGCGGGGAAUGUGCCUAAUGUCGAUGUGUACACAGACGAUGGACUUGGAGUAAUACUGGACUGUUCGUUACAUUUCAUGCUGCUAUUGCCCAUUUUUCUUAGCUUCCUUUCAUCUUGAUCUACCACCACAUCAUUUUACCCUACUCUCAUUAACCACGUUCCUGCGUUCAUUUUGAACCUUUCCAUUUGCUGGACUGGCGCACAUAGAUACCCGUAGACCUUAGUGCGGAAUUGAAGCAUUGACGCAAACCACCACCUUCAAGCAAGCUGGAUAUCCCUCCCAACGUAGAUUUCUACCACCUCCUCGGCAUAACAUACGAUGCCCCGUUGAGCACAAUGAAAGCAGCGUACCACAAGGCUCUUCUUGCCUCGCAUCCAGACAAACGACCAUCCUCAUCCACUAUACCACCCGUAGAUGUCGAUAUCGCACUCCUGAAAGAAGCAUAUACCACCUUGUCAAACGUGUCCUCCCGUAUAGCCUACGAUAAUAUCCUUCGAAAUGGUCGCGUAAAGACCUCCAUUGGACCGCGUCCUGCACAGGUCAUCUCGCUAGAGGAUUUUGAGGAGGCGGAGGAGGGUGUGUGGAUCCAUGCUUGUAGAUGCGGUGGGACGUACAAGAUCAUUGAAGAAGACAUGGAUGCGGCAAGACACCUUGUCGGCUGUGAGAGUUGUUCCGAGGUUGUGUGGGUAGGAUAUGAAAUCGUGCACGACGAGCAUCACGAUACGAAUGGCAAAGGAGAAUAAUUAAAUUGCCAACAUGGAUGUAAUGCAGGUUGGGAUUGUGCGCGUUACACGAGCUCAGUCAACCACUAUGGCGUCCUUACGCUCUUUCAACCACUUAUUCAUCAGCACUUUCCUUAACUCACGGCCGAUUGCCAUUGAGACUGGCCAUGGCACGGCAUUACCAAUUUGCCUGUGCAUCUAUAUUAUGCCAUCAGUGUACAGUGGGAGGGAGGGAGGAGGCUUUAGCACACACCGUCAUGACACGAUCAUCUUC